AUGGAUAGUACCAACAUGGAUGUAGUGGCUCAAGAACAAAAAGAAGAAACUCCUAUUGAAGAAACUGUUAAUUUUGUUCCAGACGAGUCUGCCUCGGGUGAAAAUAGCAACAAAUCUUUAUUGAAACGUGUUUAUUGGCAAUACUUUAGUAGAUAUAAAGAGGGGGAAGAGUGGAAGGCAAAGUGCAACCAUUGUAAGUCUAUUCUUGGUGCGAAUCCAAGGAAUGGGACUACAAAUUUGAAGAAACAUGUGCUUCAUUAUUGUAAGAGAAUAAAAUUAACAAAUUCAAGACAAUCAACAAUUGCUGAAUCUCUUCAAAGACAUGGAAAGAAUAGUUCAGAUGCUUUUAUAUUUGAUGCAUCUCACACAAGAAAAUUGAUUGCCAAGUCCAUUUGUAUGCAUGAGUAUCCUUUGUCAUAUGUGGAUCAUGUUGCAACAAGAUAA